AUACCAGUCGCGUUAGUUUCCUGUCUCCAUUUUACACUGCAAGAGCAGACAUUUUCCAAAGAAGCGUUGUAAGGAUGUCGGAAAUUGAGAACGAAGAAGCUUUACUAGGUGAACAUGACGAUGGAGAUGAAGUUCCAGAGGAGUCCUUGACGUUAGAUGAAAACGAAACCUUGGAUAAUGAAGACGAUGUAGAUUACACCUUCGGCGAGGAAGAAAAUGGUGAAGAAAAUGAAACGAAUGAUGGCAAUGAAGAAGAUGGAACGACCGAGGAAUCUGAUUUGGAAACUAUAAAGGCUAGGGUAAAGGAAAUGGAAGAGGAAGCUAAGAAACUUGCCGAAAUGCAAAAUGAAGUGGAAAAACAAAUGAACAUGACAAAUCAGAGCAUCGGUAGUCCAACAGCUAGUAGCACCGAAGAUAAAAUAGAGGCAGACUCUAGAUCAAUAUAUGUUGGAAAUGUGGAUUAUGCAGCAACAGCAGAAGAACUAGAAGCCCACUUUCAUGGUUGCGGGGCUAUUCAACGCGUAACAAUAAUGUGCGACAAAUUUUCCGGCCAUCCAAAAGGUUUUGCUUACAUCGAAUUUGGUGAUAAAGACGCAGUUAACACGGCUCAAGCGCUAGAUGACUCGUUAUUCAGAGGCAGACAAAUAAAAGUUGGCCCAAAGCGAACGAACAAACCAGGAAUGUGUACAACUAAUCGUCCUCCUCGAGGAAUGAGGUUUAGAGGAAGAGGCAGAGGGUUCUUUGGAUUCACCCAAAGACGUCCUUUUAGAGGAGCAGGCAGGUCAGUUUGA